AUUAACCUGGGUUGGAUUUGUCGGGUUUUGUCAAUUUAAAACUUUCUCUGCAACUCUGAGUUUGUUCAGCUUGCUUCGUGCAACAGGCCAUCUAUGAAGAAAAUGUUUGUCAUGUUUGUUUAUCUCUCUUUGUGUUUCUGCUGUCUGAUGGGUGUGUUUGGUGAUGAAGUGAAGUCAGUGUCAGUGAUGGAGGGAGAUUCUGUUACUCUACACACUGAUAUUACUGAACUACAGACAGAUGAUCUGAUAGACUGGAGGUUUGGACCUGAAGAGACUCUGAUGGCUGAAAUCAACAAAGCAGCCAAUAAAGUCUCAAUAAAUGCUGAUGUUCUUGAUGGGAGAUUCAGAGACAGACUGCAGGGGAAUAAUCAGACUGGAGAUCUCACCAUCAUAAACAUCACAACACAACACACUGGACUUUAUAAUAUAACCAUCAAAGGCAACAGGGACCUCUCAUACAGAUUCAAUGUUACUGUUUAUGCUCAUCUGCCCAUUCCUGUCAUCACCACACAAAACUCAUCAUCAUCAUCAUCAGGCUCAAAUUGUUUAUUAUUGUGUUCAGUGAUGAAUGUGAGAGAUGUGAGUCUGUCCUGGUACAAAGGAAACAGUUUAUUGUCCAGCAUCAGUGUGUCUGAUCUCAACAUCAUCAGCAGCAUCUCUCUUCAUCUGGAGUGUCUGGAUGAUUCUUACAGCUGUGUACUGAACAAUCCCAUCAGUAAUCAGACUCAACAUCUCAACAUCACUGAUCUCUGUCAGACAUGUUCAGAUACAACAGGUGUUAUUUACUGA